AUGGCGUUGCCGAGGCUGAGAAUCGAACCGGGGGCGUUAGCAUUCAGCUUCGAGGCGGGGAAGGAGCUGCGCACGCGCGUGAGGAUCCACAACGAUUACUCCAAGGACGUCGUUAUCACGAUAAAGCCGGGCACGGUGCGCAAGUACGAGGUGAAGGAUGGCACCAAGAUCGUCGUGCCUGAAGGCUCCUCCUUCCUCCUCACUGUGUCGUGCCUGCCGCUGUCGUCCAUGCCCUUCUGGCCCGACGCCUUCGUGCUGGCAUGCCACAUGCCCGCUGACAAGUUCACCCGCCGCCUCACGCUGCACACGCCCAUGUCGCAACUGCGCGCUUUGUGCCAGAUGAAGCUGCCAGUGCUCUUCACAGAUGAAGUCACCAAGGGGGUGGCAGAGGAGCAGCAUGCGCAGGCGCUGGCACAGGCCCAGAAGCACAAGGAGAAGGGGAAGGAGAAGGAAAAGCAGGCGCAAGCGCUGAAAACCGUGAAGGAAGGGGAGGAGGGCGGGCAGGGAGGAGCGGAAGGGACAGGAUCGCAGGGGGGGAAAGUCGGGAAGGGAGGGAAGGUGAAAUUUGCAGGAGAGGCAACUCUGAAAGAUGGGCUUUCACGUGUGUGGAAAGGCAGCAAGACAAAGAAGGAUUUGGAAGAAGAGCAGGAGGAGGCGAGGAGGAAGGAGGAGGAGAGGAGGAGGGAGGAGGAGAGGAGGAGGAGGGAGGAGGAGGAGAGGCGGCUGAUGGAGAGGGCGGAGAGGAGGGAGGAGAUGAGUGGGCAGUCAAUGGACCGGCUUCUCUCCUCCAUUGCUGCCAAGGACAAGAGCCACGUCUAUGUGCGUGCAUACCAUUGCCUGCAUGCUUCCUGUCUCUACGCAUGCAUGUUCCCCAGUCUACACAUGGACAAGAGCCACGGCUAUGUGGGAGAACACACACGGCGAUGUGAACCCUCUCAUCACGGCGAUGUGAACCUCUCAUCACAACGAUGUGAACCCUCUCAUCAAGACGUCACGCGCGGACUUAAAGCUGCUACAUGUCCAGUUCACAUUGCACACGCUUCCCCCUUGCCAUAUCGCACACCCCUUCCCUCCUCUCUCCCUCCCCUCCUCCCCACUACAGCUCUGUGGGAGCUGUUUCUCAAGACGUCCCGCGCGGAUUUCAAGCUGCUGCAGCAGCGCCUGGAGGCAGCACUGCUGGAGGUGCAGGCCGUCAAGUCGCAACUGGUCAUGGAUCUGCCAGCUCUCACCGUCUCCUUCUCAAGCCUCUCCGACUCCUCGCUCCCCUCGCCCACCAAAGCCUCCUCCGCACCCUCCCGAGACACCAGCUUUGCACCACCGCACUCCACCGCUCCCUACUCCCGCUCCUUCUCCAACAACCAGCUGAACCCCUCCGGCAGCAGCAGCAGCUCUGAACACGCCAACAUGCGCCCGCCCUUCACCCCGAAACCCACCACGUCCGAAUCCGCGCUGCUCCCAGUGUCCAUCUCCUCGCUCUCCUCCGCCCAGCCGUCCUCUCUGACCUCUCUGGCCUCCUCCUCCAGCAGUCUGCAGCUGGGCGGGUCAGGGGGGUCGCGCACCCUGAGCAAGUGGGGCGCGGGGGGGGAGAGUGCGGUUGAGAAGGAGCUGCAGCGCAAGGAGAUGAUGCGGAGGGCGUUGAUAGAGGAGAACAACGAGCUCAAGGAUAGGCUGGAGGAGAAGGAGAAGCGGGAGAGGCAGGCGCUGCGCAAGGCGGAUGUCAUGAAACAGGAUGCGGAGAGGGAGAAGAAGGAGCGGCAGGCACUGCGCAAGGCGGAUGUCAUGAAACAGGACGCGGUGAGUGGGGCGGGCAGAGGUGAGUGGGGUACGGCAGGGGAGAGUGCGGGGGAAAAGGAUCUGCAGCGCAAGGAGAUGAUGCCGCGGGCGCUGAUUGAGGAGAAUAAUGAGUUGAAGGAUAGGUUGGAGGAACGGGAGAAGAAGGAAAGGCAGGCGCUGCGCAAGGCGGAAGUUAUGAAGAGCCAGCUGCAGGCGAUGCAGCAGCGGCUGGAGGAGGAGGAGGCGCAGCGGCAGACGCUGCUGAGGGAGCUGCAGGCGCUCAGAGCCCAGGUGGUGAGCGGAGGACAGCAGCUGCAGCAGGCGCAGGCACAGCAGCCGCAGCAGGUGCAGCAGCCGCAACAGGGGGUUGCGGAGGAGGAAAAGGAGGAGAAGCAGCAGCAGCAGCAGCAGCAGCAGCAAUGGGAGACUGAGGAGCAAGCAGGGGAGUCGCAGGAGGAGACAGACCAUGAGCAUGCGCAUGCGCAUGCAGACAAGCAAGGCGAGGAGGGGUUGCAGACUACUGCUGCUACUGCAUCUCUGGGGGCGUCAGCCAGCAGGGGGCGUGGGAAGCUGGUCAUUCCCUUUGACGACGACGACGAUGACGAUGCCUAA